UGUCAUUCUGCGUUGUUAAUUUAAAGUCCAUUCAUUUCGCGAAAGGCCGCGGUCACGUGAUCACUUGUUUGUUUGACCUGGCGAUACUAUAGUGCAAGUUUUUGACCGUAUUUGCUAGAUAACCACUUAUUUUAUCUGUAAUAAUUAGUUCAAUAUCUAUUCUGAUAAAAGCAGAGCUCAAAACGCUAUUGUAUAUCUUACAUUUAUAAAAAAAAAUACGCAGUGGUCAUCGUGGUGAGCAGAUCGUCAUUAAGAAAUCGAGGUAAUUAUAAAAUACCAAAAUGCCUAGGAAAGUUUUCGUAGUUGGUGUUGGGAUGACGAAGUUUGUUAAGCCCAAUAGCGGCAUGGAUUAUCCAGAUUUAGGGAAGGAAGCUGUCGAGGCAGCUUUGGCCGACGCUCGUAUAAAGUACCAAGACGUACAACAGGCUAUAUGCGGGUAUGUUUUCGGUGAUUCUACAAGCGGUCAGCGAGUAUUAUAUCAGAUUGGCAUGACUGGUAUUCCUAUAUAUAACGUUAAUAACAAUUGCUCCACUGGUUCUAACGCACUAUUCCUUGGAAAACAACUCGUAGAAGGUGGUGUUUCGGAUGUUAUUCUGGCUCUUGGAUUCGAGAAAAUGACACCAGGUGCUCUAGGCAAUGGUACAUUUUCAGACAGAACGAAUCCUUUAGAUAGACAUACUCUCAAGAUGGCGGAUAUGGCAGAAUUAACUGCAGCUCCGAUGACCGCUCAAUACUUCGGUAACGCGGGUGCAGAGCACAUGAAGAAAUAUGGUACGACUGAAGUCCAUAUAGCCAAAAUAGCAGCUAAGAACCAUCGUCAUGGUGCUAAGAACCCAAGAGCGCAAGGUGGACGAGAGUACACAGUUGAGGAAGUGUUGAACUCUCGUAGAAUUUAUGGCCCACUGACGAAAUUGGAAUGUUGCCCUACUAGUGAUGGGGCUGCAGCUGCCAUCCUUAUGUCUGAAGAGGCUGUCAUUCGUUAUGGACUUCAGAAUAAGGCGGUAGAAAUAAUUGGUAUGGAGAUGGCCACUGACACUGAGGCUGUUUUCAAAGAAAACAGUCUAAUGAAGGUUGCCGGUUAUGAUAUGACUGGAUUAGCGGCUAAAAGACUAUAUGAAAAGACGGGUAUCUCACCCAUGCAAGUUGAUGUUGUCGAGUUGCAUGAUUGUUUCGCAACAAAUGAGUUGAUCACAUAUGAGGGGCUUCAGUUGUGUGGUGAAGGUGAGGCUGGUAAAUUCAUUGAUGCCGGUGACAACACAUAUGGUGGCCGUUGUGUGGUAAAUCCGAGUGGUGGUUUGAUUGCUAAGGGACAUCCUCUGGGUGCGACUGGCCUGGCCCAGUGUGCCGAGCUAGUCUGGCAGCUACGCGGAGAAGCGGGAGACAGACAGGUGCCCCGAGCUCGCAUCGCCUUACAACACAACCUAGGACUCGGAGGAGCUGUCGUCAUCACCAUGUACCGUAAAGGAUUCAGCAGUGCAUCACCCAACCAGGUGGCUGCCAUCGCAGCCAACCCAGAGAACUUCAAAGUAUACAAAUACAUGAAGAUCCUCGAGGAAGCCAUGAAGUCUGAUGAAGAUAAACUCAUAGAGAAAGUUAGAGGAGUUUAUGGUUUUAAGGUUAGAAACGGACCGAACGGCGAAGAAGGUUACUGGGUCAUCAACGCCAAGGAAGGAAAGGGCAGUGUGAACUACGACGGUAAAGACAAAUGUGAUGUGACCUUCACAAUCAACGAUGAGGAUGUCGCUGAUCUGAUAUCCGGAAAACUGAAUCCCCAGAAGGCAUUUUUCCAAGGAAAAAUCAAAAUCCAGGGUAACAUGGGACUCGCUAUGAAGCUGACCGAUCUCCAGAGAUCCGCUGCUGGCAGGAUUGAAGCAAUCCGCUCCAAACUAUAAGAUUCUGGUUUUCAAUUAUCACCGGUUUCUAUUAUACUGGGCUAAGGAAAUGGUCUUUGGGCAUUUAUAGAUAACUCUAAUUGUUAAAUAAUAUAUAUAUUUUUAUAUUAAUUGAAUAUAUCAGUGCAAUGCAAUAAAGCCUUAUUUGUUAAGUGAAGCAAUACAAUUUUUACAUAUGAAUAUUUUUUGUAUAACUGAUGUCAUUCCAUUAAAUUUACAUGUUGUUGAUAUUUUCUUUAUUAAAUAAUUUUAUAUUGAA